CACCCCUUCUGAGCAAAAUAUACCCUCUUGUUCAUGCAGCCACGCGGAUACUAACAAGAACAUGGGGGAGCUUCCGCUGGGCUACCGCUUCUACCCGACUGAGGAGGAGCUCGUCUCGUUCUAUCUGCGGAACCAGCUCGAGGGGCAGAGGCAGGACAUGCACCGCGUGGUGCCCGUCGUCGACGUCUACGACAUUGACCCGUGGCAGCUCCCGAGGCUCGCGGGGCGGCUGUGCCACGGAGACACCGAGCAGUGGUUCUUCUUCGCGCCGAGGCAGGAGAGGGAAGCGCGUGGAGGGAGGCCGAACCGGACCACGGCCUCCGGGUACUGGAAGGCCACGGGGUCGCCCGGAUACGUCUAUUCGUCCGAUAACAGGGUGAUCGGGGUGAAGAAGACCAUGGUGUUCUACAACGGGAAAUCGCCUACGGGGAGGAAAACAAAAUGGAAGAUGAAUGAGUAUAGGGCCAUUCAAGAAGAAGCCAACCCUUCAAACAUCGCCAUUCCUAAGUUGCGGCACGAGUUCACCUUGUGCCGAGUGUAUGUGAUAUCGGGAAGUUUCCGUGCAUUCGAUCGCCGCCCGCUCGAGGCAAUGGAAAGGCCUGCAGGACCCAGCAACAGCAAUUUGCCAGAUGAAGCCCAGGCUCAACCGAAUGAUCGCACGGGACCCGAAAGCGGAACGCAACAACCGCUGUGGGAAUGGGGGCAACUGAAUUGGCCAUGAUUAAACCCGCACAAGCAAGGCGGGGCAGGCCUGCCUAACUGCUAGAAAGAAACUUGGCUAGGAGUCCCAAGGGGAGAACAUGACAAACAGGCAAUUCGCAGUUUAACUUCAGUAGCAAAGAAUAUUUUUGCUGCCUUCCUUUUCGGUGGGUAGAUGACGAAUAAUAACGGAAGCUGAAAGGUGAAGGACGUGCUUUUGUUUUGACUUGAAAGAUUGUAGAAAUUCUUUACACUAGUGGUUGAAUAUUCAGAUGUAGGGCAUGCUUUUGUUUUUGACUUGAAAGAUGUAGAAAUUCCAUAUACUAGUAAUUGGAUUUUCAAACCAACCCGUGUCGCGUUGAGGAGCUGAGCAGCACUUGGGACUUCAUUCAUUUCAA